GGGGAGGGGUGCCCUUAAUUACUGCUCUGGGAAAACAGGGGGUAAGCCCGGACUGUUUGGGGGCAGACUGAGAAGCAGGAUCGCCGUCUUGGAGCCAAGAGCUGGAGGGAUUUACCCGAGGGAAGAAGGUUGAAGAAAAGAAGGAAGGAGCCCAUUCGUGGGGUUCCUGAGAAAGCCCAACAAUUGGGGGAUUGCCCGAGAACGAGAAACUCACCCAGGAUCGCGGGGCAGGUGAGCCAGGGGCCAAGGGUGUCAGUUCUCGGAAGGAGGUGACCCCGGGCGCCCCGGCCCGAGGACCUGGGGAUGCUGCUGCCCGGGGUAAGGACCACGAGGUGGCCCUGGACAGGAGCGGCCGGGAAAUCGCUGCUGAUUUACUGCCCGACGUCUCCCCGCUUUGGUGGAGCUGGAAGCCGAAUAAAAGUCCAAGGAGGAGUGAGUGGGAGCAAGAAACUAGAGUGUGUCUAGUGCUAAAAGGAAGGAACCAGCCCAAGGAGGGUGAAGAAAAAGCAGAAUGCAUAAUUAUCCCCUCUCCAGGGGACAUUCUGGAGCAAAGUUCCUGAGGAGGUGGAAGGGCGAGCCACCUGGGCUGAGGAAUUACCUUUACACCUGAGGAGGAGAGUGUGUGUUACCUGAGUUGGCCCAGAGCAAAAAGAUGAAUCUCUUGAGAAUCCGCAAACCUCAGGCCAUUCGUAAAGCUUUCCCAAAGGAGAAGUUUGAAUUGUUUUUCUUCUUUGAAAAUUUUAUAGGACGCGCGAUUUAAUUUGUGACAGGUUUAAAGCCCACUUCGAAAACUAAGCAAAUGCCAAGACAUUGAGUCUGAUCCGCUCUCCUGUUCCAUCCCAGAAGAACAAUGAGAGAUUCCCAGGGAGACGUUCUUGCCUAGUGUGGACUCUGAGCUCUUGGAGCAGCAUCUGGCAGUCUGCAGACCCACCGCGUGUCAAGGACAGACCUAGGCCGCGCGCCCGGGGCGUCAUGGUCCACCUGCAGGCCUCCGAAGUGCAGCAGCUGCUCCAUAACAAGUUCGUGGUCAUCCUGGGCGACUCCGUCCAGAGGGCCGUGUACAAGGACCUGGUGCUCCUGCUGCAGAAGGACUGCCUGCUCACGACCAACCAGCUCAAGGCCAAGGGGGAGGAGACGUUCGAGAAGGACGAGCUGGUGGACGGAGGCCAGAUGGGCCCCAUGCACAACGGCGUCCAGUACCGGGAGGUCCGCCAGUUCUGCGACGCCCACCACCUGGUGCGCUUCUACUUCCUCACGCGCGUGUACUCCAGCUACCUUGAGAGCGUCCUGCAAGAGCUGCAGGGCAGCGAGCACGGCCCCCCGGACGUGGUCAUCAUGAACUCCUGCCUCUGGGACCUCUCCAGGUAUGGCCCUGACUCCUGGCGGAGCUACCGGGAGAACCUGGCGAGCCUGUUCCGGCGCCUGGGCCAGGUCCUGCCCGAGUCGUGCCUCCUGGUCUGGAACACGGCCAUGCCCGUGGGCAAGCAGAUCACUGCGGGCUUCCUGCCGCCCGACCACCAGCCCGGCGACGGCUCCCUCAUCGAGCGCGUCAUCGAAGCCAACUUCUACAGCUCCGCCGAGGCCAAGAGGCACGGCUUCGACGUGCUGGACUUGCACUUCCACUUCCGCCACGCGGGCCAGCACCUGCAGCGCGACGGGGUGCACUGGGACGAGCGCGCGCACCGCCACCUGUCGCAGCUGCUGCUGGCGCACUUGGCCGACGCCUGGGGGGUGGAGCUGCCCCGGCGCGACCACGUGAGCACGUGUGUCAGGGCCCGCCCCGGGUUCCCUGUGCGGGGACGCGCGCCCCCCCGCGCCAGGUGCUACCCCCUGCUGCCCACGCCCCCGCCGCCCCGGCCCUUUCCUCUCCCCCAGCCCAGGCCGCCGUACCUGUGCGGUCCCCAGGAUGCUUACUUUUCCUCCGGCCCGUCUUUCCAGUCGGAUGAGUUUUCCUCCAACUACUUCCAUUCAGAUGUCCCCUUCCCUGCCCAGAUGGGCUUUUCCUUUGAGGAUGACUUUAUGAUGGAUGCCCGGCCCCCUGGGCCUCCUGGGCCUCCUGGGCCUCCUGGGCCCCCUUUCCCCUUACCCUACCUGCAGCGAGCCCCUGUGGUCCACAGGGGUGUCCCCCGCUAUGCACCGCGUGGCCCCUACGGGCCCUGGGGUGGGCGGCCCAGACCUUCCAGGAGGCGGGCCCAUUCCCGCCCACAGCCAAGGCCUCAGUAACCUGCCCGCGGCCUUUCUCCCCCUGGUGUCCGUGGACUGGACACAUCCCCCCGCCACCCCGAAAACAGACUGAUCCGGUUAACUCAAGCCCACAGUGCGUGCCUGGACUUCUUUCUGGUCUUUGCGGUCGCUGAUAACUGCAGGGAAGGGCAGGCAGUCUCACACACCCAGGUUUGUUGACUACCCCCCUCUUCCCCUACUCUCUGGGGGGUGACCAAGCAUUAUUCCCGCCUCCCCACUCCCUGUCCUCUUUUGUCUUUUUGUAAACAGAACUUUGAAAUAAAGAAGUUGUUUCACUAAAAGUA